CCACUAGCAUUGAACAUAUUUCUUCUUUUAUACAAUGUGACAUUAUUUUCUAUAUAUUACUUCCAAAUCAAAAUAUAGCUGGAGUGUUGAUUUGUCCUUUACAACCUUGCCUUUUAAGCACACCAAACCAAAUUUGUAACCAAAUAUAUUUUCUUUCUUCAAUUCCCCUUUGGACUCUCCAUCACUUCUCUAGCUAUUAUUUCCAUACAUUAACUCUUAUACAUGUUUCAGAUAGCAUGCUUGAAUGUCCAGAGAAAGGGGGAGAUUUUUUGAUGAGAUAGGAAAGAAGAGGGAAGGUGAUGAGUCUUUUCAAAAGGGAAGAAUGUUAGGUCCUUCAGGAACACUAAAUACAACUACUCCUUGUGCUGCAUGCAAGCUUUUGAGACGAAGGUGUGCCCAAGAAUGCCCUUUUUCUCCAUAUUUCUCUCCUCAUGAGCCUCAGAAGUUUGCUUCUGUCCACAAAGUCUUUGGUGCUAGCAACGUCUCAAAGUUGCUAUUGGAGGUACCAGAGAAUCAAAGAGCAGAUGCAGCAAAUAGUUUAGUUUAUGAAGCAAAUGUAAGACUAAGAGAUCCAGUUUAUGGAUGCAUGGGUGCAAUUUCAUCUUUGCAACAACAAGUUCAAUCAUUAAUAGGUGAACUUAAUGCUAUAAGGGAAGAAAUACAUAAAUACAAACUCAUGGAAGCUAAUAUGCUUCCUUCUUCAGAGGAUGUAUCAAUUGCUACUCUUCCACCUUCAACAUCAUUACCAAUGCUUCCUUCUUCCAUUUACACACAACAGACAAAUCCUACCAGUUAUAGCUCAAUUUCGAAUGAUCAUAUUUCCUAUUUUGAUUAAAUUUGGAAACAAAAUAAUGAUGAUAAAUUUUUUUUGUUAAUGAUUUAAGAAAAAAAAGACUAUAUAUUAGUCAUGGUAUGUAUACUUGGUUUUUGUUUAUUUUUGUACUAUUGAUGCUCAAAAUUUUCCCCAAGAUAUAUGAUUGGAAAGUUAUUGUUGAUUG